AUGCCGACUCUCGAUUUGAGCGAGCUCAACAUCGUCAUAGCAGUACUUGGCGCUUUUACUAUACUGUACGGCCUCGGGUCAGUAAAAAUCAAGCAAAUAUGGUACCUUGGCGAAGCUCUGCCAGCAUUGCUUGUAGGCAUAGUUCUCGGGCCCAUUGCCGCGAAGUUCAUCGACUCUGAACGGUGGGGCUCUGCGGUCGAAGCCCAGACAGGGCACAUCACGCUGGGCGUGACUCGUGUCGUCAUCGGCGUGCAACUCGUCAUGGCAGGCUACCAACUGCCAGCCAAGUACCCCUGGCAUCGCUGGAAAGACAUGGCUCUUCUCCUCAUCCCUGUGAUGACUAUCAUGUGGCUUUGUACCACAGGAUGCAUCAAGCUGAUGAUUCCCAAGCUGACCACACUUACCGCCAUGGUCAUCGCUUCGCUGGUGACGUCUACGGACCCCGUGCUAUCACAAGCUAUUGCGAAGGGCCCUUUCGCCGACAAAUACGUUCCUCGAGCACUGCGAGAGAUUAUAUCUGCUGAAGCGGGAAGUAACGACGGCUUCGGCUUUCCGUUCCUGCUGCUCGCUACUUAUCUCAUCCGCCAUGCACCCGAAGAGGACGUCAAUUUCAAGCCUGGUGUCUCUCGCAUCGCAAGCAGAUCCGCAGAUGUAGGCCGCCUUGGCGGCGGCGCUGGCAAAGCAGUAGAAAUCUGGAUCGUGGAAGGCUGGCUGUACUUUAUCUUGCUGGGCGCAGUCGUAGGCGCAGUGCUCGGUAUUGCAAGUAUGUUCGCUGUCUCAUUGACACUGAAGCGGAAAUGGAUCGACACCGAGUCCCUUCUUCUCUAUCCCACCGCACUCGGCCUCUUCACAAUCGGCAUCACGGGACUCACCGGCCUAGACGACCUGCUCGCAUGUUUCUGCGCCGGCGCAGCCAUGAAUUGGAACGGCACGUAUCUGCGCGAGACUCUCGCUCGCCACGACGAAGUCAACUCGUCCAUCGAUGUCCUCCUCAAUUUCGGCGGUUUCAUGUACAUCGGCGCCAUCCUGCCAUGGUCCGAGUUCAACUCCGAGAUCACGGGCAUCACAGUCGGUCGCUUGCUCGUCUUGGGAUUGCUGGUCUUGCUACUCAGGCGCAUUCCUGCGAUGAUGGUCAUAUACAAGGCGAUGCCUAACACGGUCAAGAGCUGGGAAGAAGCGCUGUUCAUGGGGUACUUCGGUCCUAUUGGUAUAGGCGCUGUGUUUUAUGUUGAGCACGCGCGACAUCUAUUCCCGAAGCUCGAUGCCGCUGAGACGCAUGAGGAAGAGGAUCUGUUACGAGCCAUGGGCCCGGUGGUGUACUUCCUCGUGCUUUUCAGUAUUGUGGUCCAUGGAUUGAGUAUCCCGGCGCUGGAGCUGAUCUACAGGUGGAAGGGUGUGGAGCCCAUUGUUGAGCUCGAACCGAGUGUGCAGCGCAGGAGGAGUGUGAGCGAAGCGCUGCCGCCGAACAGUCAUGUUGAUCCGCGAACCCGCAGUGUUGUCAGACACAACCGCUUCUCGAGGGUCAUUAGUCGAGACGGCGUAGACGAACCCGAGGAUGGGAGGUCCAGGUCAAGGCCCAUAUCAACCAGUCGGGGACAUACAUCUGUGUCCAGUCCAGGGUCAAGGGCUGUGUCUAGAGGUAGACAGAUGCCUGAAACGCCAGUUUGGAGACUGACGGCUGAUAGUGACGAUACACUGAAGGAUGAGGAAGAGAAGGACGGGCCGAGGAUACAGUUUCUGGAUGAGAGAGAGUUGCGAUCACCUAGGUCUUUGAACAAUGUUAGGUUGGGGGCCGGUGAUAAAGAUGUCGAUGGUGCAAUCAAGUCCUCGCGUCAGCACUGA